AUGAGCUUUAUUGUGCUUAAAAUAUCAAAAAAUGCAGUAUAUGCGAAAUAAACUUCGAUUCCAAUGAUCAAGAAGAGCAUUUAAAUUAUCAUUUAAUAAAUACAUGUUAAAACUGCAAUGUCUUUUAAAGUAAAAUUGUCAUCUAUUGUAACUCAAUUAGAAGACCUUUUUAAUCAUAAAUGUUAAUAAUGCCAAUACUGUUCGCAAUUUUAUUCACCUUAAGAACUUGAAGAUCAUUUAGAAUAAUGUAAACUUAUUAUAACAAAAUGUUUAUUUUGCGGGGAAGCAAUUUAAAAUAAGCUUUUGGAAUUGCAUAGACCUUAUUGUUAGCAGUAAUACGAGAAAGGAAAAUUCAAAUGUGAAUAUUGUAAAGAAUACUUUAAUAGCUAGUAAAAUUUGAAAUAUCAUCAAAAAAUGUGUGAAAAAGAUCAAUAGCUAUGUCCAUAUUGUAAUUUGGACUUGAUGGCUGAUUUUAAGGAGGAACAUAUCAAAAUUUGUGAGAGUAGAACUGAACCCUGUUCAUUUUGUGGCUAAAGGAUUUUAUUAAAGAAUAAACCAAAUCAUGAGUUAAAUUGCUUUUAAUAAUAAUAAAAUUAUGUCUAAGAUAAAAUAGAAAUUUAUCAACCAACACAAAUAUAAUAUGAGUAAAUUACAGAUGAAUACUUAGAAGAAUACCUAAAAUUAAAUGAUUCUGAUUAUUGA